AUCGCCGUUUCCCCCUCCACAAUCUAUUCGAAUUUUUUCGCCGCUCGGAAAAGACGUGAUUUUCCGUCGCGCCAGUGGAGGCUAUUUUUAAAACCGUCGCGGCGUUUGCAAACAAACCGCCUAUUUAGCUAACCAAAUCGGAGGAAUUCAUUAAGUGCGGCAGAACCAUAAAUAUUAUAAAGGCCCGAGCACUUUGCUGAGAAUCUAAUCAUGAGCGAAGAUACGUACCAGAUAGAAACGCGUCGGCGUUCGCGUUCCAAGACCCCCUUCCUGCUCGCCGGAGAUAACCAGCCCAAGAAGAAGUCGACGGCCCCCAAUGUGCAAACGAUUGUGGAGGAGCAUGUGGUGGAGUCGAGCAGCAGCAAGCAGACCCGCAGCAAGGCCUUUGCCCAGCUGACCUCGGACUACUCGAGCGAUGACAUGACCCCGGAGGCCAAACGCAAGCAGACCUCGACCACGACCACAGUCACGUCGAUCAUAACCAAGCGAUCGGGAGGCGCCACUUCGACGCCGCGGAACAGAAGCCAGCUGGAGACCACACAGAACACGCUCAACUCCGCCCAGGAGAAGCUGAACCACUCGAACGGCAACCUCAGCUCGGGAAAUGUCAGCGACUACCUGGCCUACAUCGAGUACAGGGAUGCUGGCGAGUACUGGAACAAAACCCCCAAGACGGACUACACCUACUCCGAGCUGUCCCCCCACCGCCGCCAGCUGGCCCCGGGCGUUGUGGCCAUGCCCAACAUGUCCAGGCGGAGCCUGGCCAACCACGAUGAGCGCGUCAACUACAUGGUCCAGCAGAAUCCAGGCCAGGAGGAGUUCAUUCGCCGCCGCUACCAGUCGAAGUACACCCAGCAGGCGAACUAUGACUCCGCAGACGAACUGGACGCCACCUUUGGGCAGCAGCAGAAGCAGAGCUGGUGGCUCGUCCGCCUCAUACAGCUGGUCGUGAGCAGCGUUACCACCGUGUGGACUCGUGUGACCAACCUCUCGGCCACGGAGACGAAUGCCUAUCAAAACUACUACGCCAGGCGCCAGCAGAGCCAGCAGACUGGAUUGCUGGGUAAAGUAGCCCAGGCUGUCGGAGGCGGUUUCGCGAGCUUGCUGCGUUACUUGUACAUCUUCAUUGGAUCGGUUCUGAGUCUGGACACGUGGUUGCUGCGAUCCUCGGAUGCGGAAAACAAGUCGAAAAAACGGUUCCUCAUAGUUCUGCUGAUUCUGCUGCCCUUGCUGCUGCUGACGGGCUGGUCGCUGUUGCAGGAGGAUCAGCGAAUGGGCUACGUUCAGCGAGCCGAAGCCCUGUUGCCGCUGCCACUGGCCCUCUUUGGCUCACUGCAAAGCCGUUUGUCCUUCGCUGGAGCCGCGUUGAGGAGUUUGAUGAAGGAGGCCAGUGUCGAAAGUCCCCAGCAGGAAGCCGAGGCCAUCAAGCUCAACAUGGCCAGCAUCGAGAGGAACAUACAGAAGGCCUUGACGGCGGAGGAGUACGAGAAUAUCUUGAACCAUGUCAACAGCUAUGUGCAGCAGUUGGUGGAGCUGAAAAUGCAGCAGCAGUCAAAGCAACUGCCGCCGCAGCAGGUUCAGCUAAUUGUUCAGCUGAUGAAGGAGAACCUGCAGCAGCUUUCCCAGAAAACGCAGCUCACUGAGCAGGAUCUGGCUGAUCUGGCCAUAAAGCUGAAGCACGAGCUGCAAAGGUCGGGCGGUUGGCAGGAUGGAGCAAAGCUAUCGCAAGCCAACUUAGAGGAGAUAAACAGACUAAUCAAGUCAGAGGUCCACCUACAUGAAUCGCACUACACAAUUCAACUGGAGAAGAUUGACUUUGCGGCGCUGCUGGAACGCAUCUUGUCGGCUCCGGAGCUGGCCGAUUUUGUGGAUGCCCGCAUUCAUCUGCAGGUGCGGCAAAUCGAGCCGAGGGAGAGCUCCGGUUCCCCUGCCGCAGAAAUCCAAAUUGAUAGUCUGAACAGGGAGAUCGCCUUCAUCAAGUUGGCCCUGUCCGACAAGCAGGCGGAGAAUGCCGACCUACACCAGUCGAUCAGCAACCUGAAGCUCGGCCAGGAGGAUCUGCUGGAGCGCAUGCAGCGCCACGAACUGGCCCAGGAUCGGCGAUUCAGCGGGCUGCUGGCCGAGAUCGAAAGCAAACUUUCCUCGCUCAACGACUCCCAGUUCGCUCUUUUAAACAAGCAGAUCAAGCUGUCCCUGGUCGAGAUUCUUGGCUUCAAACAAUCCACCGCUGGCGGUGCCGCCGGCCAAUUGGAUGACGUCGAUUUGCAGAACUGGGUGCGCAGCAUGUUCGUGGCCAAGGACUAUCUGGAGCAGCAGCUACUGGAGCUGAAUAAGCGCACGAACAACAAUAUCCGCGACGAGAUCGAGCGCUCCAGCAUCCUGCUGAUGAGCGACAUCAGCGAGCGGCUCAAGCGGGAGAUGCUGCUGGUCGUGGAGGCGAAGCACAACGAGAGCACCAAGGCGCUGAAGGGCCACAUCCGCGAGGAGGAGGUGCGUCAGAUAGUCAAGACGGUGCUGGCCAUUUACGAUGCGGACAAGACGGGCCUGGUGGACUUCGCCCUGGAGUCGGCCGGCGGCCAAAUCCUUUCCACACGCUGCACCGAGAGCUACCAGACCAAGUCGGCCCAGAUAUCGGUGUUCGGCAUUCCCCUCUGGUAUCCCACAAACACGCCGCGGGUGGCCAUCUCGCCCAAUGUGCAGCCGGGAGAGUGCUGGGCCUUCCAGGGAUUCCCCGGAUUUCUAGUGCUGAAGCUUAACUCGUUGGUGUACGUCACUGGAUUCACCCUCGAGCACAUACCCAAGAGUCUCUCCCCCACUGGAAGGAUAGACUCGGCUCCCAAAAACUUCACCGUUUGGGGGCUGGAGCAAGAGAAGGACCAGGAUCCGGUGCUGUUCGGCGAAUAUCAGUUCGAGGACAACGGCGCUUCCCUGCAGUACUUCGCCGUCCAGAGCCUGGACAUCAAACGGCCGUACGACAUCGUCGAACUGCGCAUCGAGACGAAUCACGGCCAGCCCACCUACACAUGCCUCUACCGGUUUCGGGUGCACGGCAAGCCGCCGGCCACAUAGAUCCGCCCGAAUCCCGCUCUAGUGACCUAAGCACUGUCAGGUGUACAUAAUGUCUGUGCCUUAAGAAGGAAACUAAACAAUAUAUCACUGCGAGAUGUGGAUCAACUGAGCCCAGCCGCCUUUAACUUAUGCGAACUGUGUAAAAAGUAAGGCUUUAGCUUUUAAGUGUUUUGUAUCAUAUAUCAUAUCGUAGGUUCGAAGUGUUUGUAUCCAAAUAAGGCUAACUUGUAAAUACCUAAGUUAUUAAGUCGGGGCUCUCGAGUUCAGGGUCCAAGAAAAGUCCUAUAAUAUUUAUUCAUACUUAGUUUGUCCCUCUGAAAUCAAUCAUCAGUUCCUUUAAGUGUCCCUUACUAAUAAUUUUACCAUGUUUGCCAUUUAUAAGCGUUUUGAACUAAAUAGUCAUAGUUUGUCUAAGCCGCACGCUUGCUUCAAAGCUGUAACUUAAGUUAUCACUAAGCUAAACUGUUUUACCGUGGAAACUUUCGAACUUAUUAUAGUUACACAGCCCUUUGAAUUUAACCGAAAAGGAACCCCUCUGAAAUAGUGUCAAAUAAAUUGAAAAUCCUGAAUAUCUCAACUCAACCUAUCGAAUGGAACCUGCACAUAUCUCGCCUAAUCAAAUAAUUCCAAUCCAAGUUUUCUGUACUCGUCAUAUACGUUUAAUAUAUGUCUAAAGAGUGAACCCAAAAAUAGUUCAUAAUUAAAGUAUACUUUUUCUAUUGUUUUCGCUUGUAAGUCUACUUAAUUGGUAUAGUUUGUAUUUACGUCGUUUGUUCAUUAAGACUUCAUCCCAUUUUUCAAACAAUAAAUGCGUUGCUCGGAAUAAUGAAAA